AUGACGUCAUCAUCGAACCUUCGAGAAUAUGACGUCAUCGUCAAGGACACGCUAGACAUAUUUGACGGAUUGUUGCACUUGAAAAUAAGAUCGGUUCAAGAUUUUGAAUGGCUGAAACAAGCGAGAUUCUACUACAAUGCAGAGAGUGAAGAUGUCGUUAUUAAAAUAACGGAUGUCUCAUUUAUUUAUCAAAACGAAUUUUUGGGCUGUACAGACCGUCUUGCCAUUACACCACUUACUGAUAGAUGCUACAUUACUCUUGCUCAAGCUAUAGGGAUGAAUUUUGGCGGAGCCCCUGCAGGCCCUGCAGGUACGGGAAAAACGGAAACUACUAAGGACAUGGGCAAAGCACUUGGAAAAUAUGUGGUUGUUUUUAACUGCUCAGAUCAAAUGGAUUUCCGAGGACUUGGUCGAAUAUUUAAGGGGCUUGCACAAUCAGGAACAUGGGGAUGCUUUGAUGAGUUUAAUAGGAUCGAUUUACCAGUCCUAUCAGUUGCUGCCCAGCAGAUAUCUGUUAUCAUGACAGCGCGGAAAGAAAAGAAAACGAACUUUCUGUUCAGUGAUGGAGAAAUAUAUUCCCUCGAUUAUGAAGUUGGUAUUUUCAUAACGAUGAAUCCGGGCUACGCCGGUCGUCAAGAAUUGCCUGAAAAUCUAAAGAUACAGUUUCGAAGCGUCGCGAUGAUGGUUCCAGAUCGCCAAAUUAUAAUGAGAGUGAAGUUAGCUGCAUGUGGCUUCAAAGAAAAUGUCAAAUUGUCCAGGAAAUUUUUCACUCUUUAUAAAUUGUGCGAAGAACAAUUGAGCAAGCAAGUGCACUAUGACUUCGGGCUGAGGAACAUAUUAUCUUGUUUGCGAACGCUGGGCCACCAGAAACGAGCACAACCUGGAGAUUCUGAAGAAACUACGCUCAUGAGAGUGUUAAGGCCGUAG